CGAAUGCCUCGCUCUCAACCCUCCAUUCCUGGCAUGCCCAACACAGUCCUCCCCAAGUCCGUCUGGGGCUGCCCUUCCUCUCCCAAGCGCGCUGUCCUCAUCCACGGCCUCACUUGCAACUCACAAUCAUGGCACCGCGUCGCACAUGGCCUUGCUGCACAAGGCUACUUUGUUGUCGCACCUGAUCUUCCUGGUCAUGGUGCCUCGUCGCGCUCUCCGCGCUACUCCUUCUCGAGCAUCGUCAAGGAAGUCGAACAACAUUUUGCAACCCUCGGUCAUGUCGACUUGAUCAUCGGCCACUCUUUUGGCGCUCUCGUCGCACUCGCACUCCUCCAGUCUCUUCGCUCGGCCCAUCGGCCUUCGCGUGUUAUCCUUCUCGAUCCUCCCCUCGAAUUCAGCUCGUUCAGAUAUUCGCAGUUCUUCCAGAUUUUCCGGGAUGCGACACGCCGAGCAACCACACCAGAAGAUUAUCGCGAGGCGUUUCCGAAUUGGACGCGUGAAGAUGCCGCGUACAAAUCCAUGGCUGACGCAACCUGCGACCCUGCAAUCAUCGAUUCGCUGUUCGAGGAAAACAAUCCGUGGUCGUUCUCACACCUCCUGCGACACGUCCCUCCUAAAACGAAGAUUACCGUGCUCGCUGCCGACCCGUCAUGUGGCGCGCUCUUCCGAGCAGAAGAAGCAAUCUCGCACCCUUUUAUUCGGACGCUUGUCCUUCCACGAUGUACCCAUUGGGUCCCACAAGAAAACCCACGAGCGAUACUACAGGCCGCGAUGGAGCUCGAAUCAUGAGAAACCUCAUUCUUUCUUUUGGGCAGUCGGUUGAUAUUAUGUCAUGCAUCAUUUAUACCUGGGAUACCAUUCUGUAAGCACAUGUUACCAUACGCACGCACGAUAGCAUACUCGUCCCCCUCGACACUUAGCGAUAAUUAGCAUCAAUCAUCUUGCGACUACUGUAUUGUUAAUAGUCUGACAACAAAUGCCC